UUUCAAAAUAUAUUUCGGAUAUUCUUUCUUUCCAUUUUUCUCAUCUGAGACACACAAAAUUACAAUAAAAUAUUCGCUACAUUUUUCAAAAGUAAAUAAAAAGCUACGCCAAUUUCCUUGCAAUGUUUAGCGGAUUUACUUGUGAGCUUAAGUCAACAAUACUGCGCGCAUUUUUGCAACGGCAAAAUGCCUUCCAAUUCAAUAUAUGCCAUCCAAGAAAGAAAGCUGUAGGUGCCUCCCAACAGUUGACAGAAAUUACAACAGCGUGUGCAGCUCGAACUGAUAAACUACAUCCGUUUGUGCCGUUCCAGUCGACAUGCCGACCAUUUGCACCUUUCAUGCAGCCGCUGCGAAGGCUACACAACGACAUGAAGGUUCCGGAUUUCUCUGAUUAUCGUCGUGAAACGAAGAACCCAGACGAUCCAAAUGACAGUUGUGCAGAGAAGCGUAAAGCCUUCUCUUACAUGAUGGUUGCAGCUGGCGCUGUCGGCAGUUGCUAUGCGGCCAAAGGCUUAGUAAACAUGUUUAUAAGCUCAAUGGGCGCAACAGCUGAUGUGUUAGCGGCGGCCAAAAUCGAGAUCAAGUUAAAAGACAUACCCGAGGGCAAGUCGGUUACAUUUAAGUGGCGUGGUAAACCACUAUUCAUAAGGCAUCGCACAGAGGCCGAAAUCGAAGACGUACGUUCAGUUAAUUUGGCAACCUUACGCGACCCAGAGUCGGAUGAUAAACGAGUCAAGGAUCCAAAUUGGCUAGUGCUUAUAGGCGUCUGUACACACUUGGGUUGUGUGCCAAUCGCAAAUGCAGGAGAUUUCGGUGGUUACUAUUGUCCUUGUCAUGGGUCACAUUUCGAUGCGUCCGGUCGUGUACGCAAAGGCCCUGCACCGCUGAAUUUAGCAGUACCACAUUACGAGUUUAUCGACGAGGACACACUUGUUGUAGGCUAAGCAAGGGAGGAGAAUAAUAUAAAAAUGCGCCUUAAUUUCAAAGAAGAGACUGACAUAGUAACAGAUAUAAAGCGGAGAGGAGUGGCUUCAAGCAAAAUUAUAUAUUCGUAGCGCAUUUAGUUGCAUGUGUCAUGCAUUCAUAGACUAUAGACUGCUACGGCCCUGUAACAAAAAUGAAUUUUUAGAGUACACAAUAAAACUGUGGAGAAUGGAAAA